AUGCCAAAACUCUCAAAAGGUGCAAAGGGAGGGGUCAAGUCGAAGCCUGUGCUAGUUAAGAAGGAUAAGGAUGUGAAAGGGAAGAAAGAGAAGGAGGAGAAGGAAAAGAAGGAGAAAGAGCAGAAGGAGAAGGAGAAGGAGAAGGAGAAGAAACAAGCGGAAGAUAAGAAGAAACAAGCUGAAAACAAGAAGAAAGACGAAUUAGAGAAGAAGAAGAAUGAGAAAGAAGACAAUAACCAUCAAAAAGGAACUAAAAAGAAGGAAACGCCUGAGCAACAGGAGAAGAGAGAGGAAGAGGAACGAGUGAAAGAGGAGAGGAGGGAGGCUAGGAGACAAAAGGUUCAGGAAUUGAAGGAUGCAGCUGAGGAGAGGGGAUUUGACGAAGCUGGAGCUGUGGUGGGUGGGAGAACAGAUGAAGGAGAGGGUGAGGACGAAGAGGUUGAAGUGGAAGAUGAAGAGGAGCAGGAAGGGGAAGAAGAAGAAGAGGAAGAGGAGGGUGGAGAAGAAGAGGAAGGGGAAGAAGAAGAAGGGGCUGACGAACUAGUAGAAGGGGACGAGGGUGAUGAGGAAGAAGGGGCUGAUGAGCCAGUAGACGGAGAAGAAGAGGAAGGUGACGAGGAGGAGGAGGAGGGAGAGGGAGAGGAUGGACCUGACAAUGACGAAGAAGACGACGAUGAGGAGAAUCAAGAUAAUCAAGACGAAGAUGGCGAGGAAGAGAAUGAGGAAGAAAAUGAGGAGGGUGAAGAGGAGGGUGAAGAGGAUAAGGAUGGCGGGGGUGAGGAGGGAGAGGAUAAGCAAGAAGAUGGGGGAAAGGGGAAGGUAGAUAAAGGUAAGAAGAAUAAAGAGUAG